CUCCAUGGACCGCACCGUGGUGCUCAUCACUGGCUGUUCCUCCGGCAUUGGCCUACACCUGGCCCUGCGCCUGGCGUCCGACCCAUCCCAGAGCUUCAAAGUGUACGCCACGCUGAGGGACCUGACGACACAGGGCCCACUUUGGGAGGCUGCCCGGUCCCGCGGGUGCCCUCCCGGCUCCCUGGAGAUGUUGCAGCUGGACGUGAGGGACGCAGAUUCCAUAGCCGCUGCCCGGGCACGCGUGACCGAGGGCCGCGUGGACGUGCUGGUAUGUAACGCAGGCCGGGGCCUGGUGGGGCCGCUGGAGGCACACGAGGAGGGCACCGUGGGCUCCGUGCUGGACGUGAACCUGACCGGGACCGUGCGGAUGCUGCAGGCCUUCCUGCCGGACAUGAAGCGGCGACGCUCGGGACGCAUAUUGGUGACCGGGAGCAUGGGAGGCUUGAUGGCUCUUCCCUUCAACGCCGUUUACUGCGCCAGCAAGUUUGCAAUCGAGGGUUUGUGCGAGAGUCUGGCGAUUCUGCUGCAGCCCUUCGGGGUCCACUUGAGCCUCAUCGAGUGCGGCCCGGUGCACACCGCCUUCCCCGAGAAGCUGGAGGGCGGCCUGGGCGGGGUGCUGGACCGCGCGGACGCCGAGACCCGCGACCUCUUCUCCCGCUACCUGAGCCACUCCGAGCAGAUCUUUUUUGAGGCGGGGCAGGACCCGGAGGACGUGACCGAGGUCUUCCUCCAGGCGCUGCGCGCCCCGCGCCCGGCCCUGCGCUACUUCACCACCGAGCGCUUCCUGCCCCUGAUACAGCUGCGCUUCUCCGACCCCAGCGGCUGCAGUUAUGUCGCUGCUGCGCACCAAGCAGUGUUCGGCGACCAGGCCGCCGAGGGCUCAGACGGCGCCGGGGCGGAGGCCGGAGCCGGAGAACUGGGGGCACCUGAGCUCGGAGCUCCUCUUGCCGCCCCGAAAUAAAGGCCUGGUUCGCCGCUGUCUCCCGCGCUCUCCUUUGCGGCCCCGGGGUGUGCGGUUUGGGGAUGAAAAGGGACUUUUCACUGCACCGCACUUGUGUGAUCACUGGCGCGCGCGGCGGGUGGAUGAUCAGGAAAGAAGGUGUUAACCCAGGUUAUAACUACGGAAACCGAGGUCCAGAAAGGGAAGGAGCUAGCCCAAGGUCACGCCUCAAGCGCGCCUCAGGGCAGGGAGAGUGGUCCCUGGAUUCCCGAGGGGUGUCUGCAGCAGUAGGAGUUAGGUGGACUUGGGUGCGGGGAGAGUCGGCUUGUGACUUGGCUCCCACGAGUCAUGGGACCUUAGGCAACGUCCUACCCUCUCCGAGUCCGUUUUCUUACCUGCAAAACGGGUAUAAUACCUAUGUCGUGGAUUGUGAUAAGAAUUAAUUGAGAUCAUGCC